GUGUGUGCCUCGAGGAAACCGAGUAAGAGGACACCAAAAGUCCGUCAUGUCGAUGACGGAGGCCACCCUCUCCACCGCCGGUAACCGCCGUUCUUACCGGUGCUACAACUGCAACGAUGCCUUUCACAUAACCACCACCGCCGGCGUCAGCUCCUCCUUUCGUUGCCCUCGCUGCUUUCAUCGCCACCUCCUCCCUAAUUACACCAUUGCCAGUCUUAUGCCUUUUUCUCAACAUUUAACUCUUACCAAUUUUACCCUUUCCACCAACAAUUCUGUUACUUUUGAUUAUUCCGAUUCCGAAACUGAAUCCGAUGAGAGUGAUUCCGACGAUCUUUCGUUUGAGUUGUCUAACUCAACUCAAUUCCGUUCACCGACUCUUAAAUCGUUUCUCAACUCACUUCCGAGUGUGAAAAUCGAUGAAUCAUCGAAAAACUGUUCGAUUUGUAUGGAGGAAUUUGGAAUUGAUACGGAAGCGAGUCAAUUGCCUUGUAAGCAUUUUUUUCAUAAUGAUUGUAUUGUCCCUUGGCUUAAUCGGAGUAAUACUUGUCCACUUUGUCGGCAUAAAUUGCCGCAAGAAGAUGAAGAUGAAAUUGAAAAGGAACUAGAAGUGAUUUUGGAUGGUGAAAUUGGUGGUAGAGAAUUUCGAGAUAAUAAUGUUGUUCUAGUAUCAACAGCAUCAUCCUUGACUGAAGUUGGUGAGGAUGUUGAUGAUGAUCUUAGAGAAAGGGAUCUGGAUGCAAUGCGCGAUGAAGAUGGUGAUAUAAUGAUGGUUGAUGCUUGAAGUUAAAAAGAGAAACAUAUAGAUAUGUAUAUAAUUAUCCUUUUUGGGUAUGAUUUUUAUCUACAAUGUCUUUCGAUUUUGCCCAAAAAGAUCAAUUUUUUAGUGGUGUCCUCUCUUAUGCUGAAAUAUAGGAUAUAAAUGUUAUGUUAUAGGAUCAAAAUUUAGUUGAUGUUCGUGUUUUAUCAUAAGU